UCUAAUAAGACCGUGCAAUAAGGUCAUUGCCUCCCCUCAGCCCACCCUCUUCUUACCGUCUUCUACAUCACUCUUUUUCAUCACUCUUGAUUCCAACACCUUUCUCUCUUUAUCUCUCUCUCUAAACAUGGCCUUAAAGCUCAACCAAUUCCUCUCUACCAUCCUCUUACUCUCAACAGCUCUCAAUUUUCCGGCGACGACGAAUUCGCAAACCGAGUGCCCAUAUCCAUGCUACCCGCCGCCAACAGGCACCGGAAAUACUCCGCCGGCAAUUACAACACCACCCUCCCAAACAGGGUCUUACCCACCUCCGGCUUUCUACCCUCCGCCGACCGGGAAUUUACCGUAUUACCCUCCACCACCUUAUUUUAUUAAUGGUGGUGGGGGUGGAGGUGGAGGCGCAGUACCUCCUCCUCCUGAGCCCAUCGUACCAUGGUUUCCAUACUACUACAGGAAGCCUCCUCACCAGGAUCAGUCUUCAUCAAGCUUUCUCCGAGGAUCGACGUCUGUGAUUGCAUCAACUACUCUUCUUGUUUUUUAUCUUAUUUUUUACAUUUUCUAAAUAGAGUGCAAAUUUUGGUGUCAUUAGGUGUCAUGCAUAUGAAAUCGGAAAAUUUAUUAGUGUUAGGGAUCGAUAAUAUAUUUUGAUGUUAUGUGAGAUGUUUUAUAUAUAAUAUAUAUAUAUAUAAAAUGAGUGUGAUGUUGUUUUUUUGGCAUAAAGGUCAAAUAAAUGGUGGUAUAAGUUUGUUGAAGAUGAUAAUGACCCCCAAAUAGUCUGACGUUUUUAUUUGGCAAUGUAGUUAAUAUAAUAUAUUAAUAUUUUAUAAUAUAAUUAACAUUGAGAUAUA